AGGAAGGGAGCUGGACAGUCCUCGACCCCCUGCUAAGUAAAGGACAGCCAGCCACGCCACUUGCUUUUGCCUAAAAUAACCCCCCCCACAAGCCCCAGGAGAUCCGUUUGCAGUUGAACUGAUUUUCCAGGCAGCAUGGACAUCAAGGAGUAUUUUGCCAGAAUUUCUUACCAAGGCUCCCAUGAUAAACUGGACCUGGAAACCUUGACGGAAAUAUUCCAGCACCACAUCCGAGCUGUUCCUUUUGAGAACCUCAGCAUUCACUGUGGGGAAAGCAUCAAGCUGGACCUAGCAGCCACUUAUGACAAGAUUGUGAGGAAGAAACGUGGGGGCUGGUGCAUGGAGAACAACAACCUCUUAUCUUGGGCCCUGAAAACCCUAGGGUACAAUGUCACCCUUCUGGGAGCAAAUGUUUAUUUCCCAGAGCACGAUGCAUAUGCAGAUGACAUUGAUCAUCUGUUGCUAAAAGUGGUGCUUCAUGACAAAUCCUACCUUGUGGAUGGUGGUUUUGGGAUGGCCUACCAGAUAUGGCAGCCAAUGGAGUUGAUUUCAGGGAAAGAUCAGCCUCAGACGCCCGGCAUCUUCCGCUUCCUAGAAGAGAAUGGGACCUGGUACCUUGAGAAGGUGAAACGGAAACAGUGCGUUCCCAACCAUGGCGACUCUGCUCUUCAUAACACGGACAAAGAAGUCUGCCGUCGAGUUUAUCUCUUUACCCUCCAGCCACGAGAUAUAGAAGAGUUCAGAGCCAGAAAUCAGCACCUGCAGACUGCACCAGACUCACUUUUUGUUACAAAAUCCAUCUGCAGCCUGCAGACCACUGAUGGGGUCCGGGCACUCGUUGGGUGGAAACUCACUGAGAUAAAAUACAAUUAUAAGGAUAACAUGGAUCUGGUGGAAAUCAGAAUCCUUGCAGAUGAAGAAAUGGAGAAAACACUGAAGGAGAAAUUCAAUAUAACAUUAGAUAAGAAAUUUGUACCCACCAAUACAAGCAGGUUGUCUCUGUUUUAACUCACUGCCUGAAUUAUAAUUCAAUAUGGUGGCAUUAUGUGCAACUCUCCCCCCCCCUCUUCCUGACAAGAAUCUAAAGGUUAAUCUUUCUUCUUCCAUUUACCCCCGUGUAAAGCAGAACAGAUUAGCAUGAAUCUGGAAAAGAAAUUGAUUUUCACAACUGCUCCUGCAUCUCUGCUUGGUUUGGGUACAAAUAAUUUCUUCCUCGCUCAAUCAAAUCACUCCCCUUCUGUUUGUGCUUAGCUGGCAGCAGAUGCUGCCCAUUCCCUGCUCCAUUCAUCUCUUAAAAGCUUUUCCCACUAACCCAGAGCAGCAUGGCAGGGAGAUGGAACAGUUUGUCCCUUUCCUUAUUACUCAGCUCUGCCACCUGGGGAAAAAAUAAAAUCACACCCACAUCUUAAAUUGAUGCCAUACUAUUUUUUGAAAUGCAAUAGCCAGAAAAAUAAAGACAUCCAGCUCCAUUUGCUACAAUAAGCCAGAAGCCUGUCCUUUGUGCUCCUGCACCCUUAGCUCCUCACACAGCAGUUCUAACGCUCACCAAGGGGCUAUUUUGUGGCCUAAAACUGGUGAUGAGAAGUAUUAGGAGACAAUUCUGCCUUCUUUCAGAUUCCUGUACCCUCAGCAACAUAACCAAAGCUUUCAAACUGAAAGCAUCUCCUGCAGAUUUCAUUUGUGAGCACCCAGGAGAGGAUUGCUGGGAAUGCACCCUCCUCAUACAAGAAUGUCACUUCUGUGCAAAUGUUACUGUUUUUCAGUCAGUUUUUCCGGAGCGUAUGUAUUUGUCUAUUUGUAGUGAUACUAAUUAUAUUGAUAUAAGGAGAAACGAUGAAUCUUAAUCAGAUACCUAAAGGCUAAGAUUUUGAGCAUGAGAAAUCACACAGAUGUAAUCACUUUGCCCUUUGAGAUGAUGCUUGAUGUUCCUUUAUGUACAAAUCACAGAAGCAUUACAACUAUGCACUUACUUACAACUAAGUAAAUAAUGUAAGUGAAUGACAAUUAAAUAAAAAGACAAGAAUUGUGAAGUAGAA